GAUGAUUCCGGAGCUGCCGUGGGCUCCCAGCACCGGGCAUGAAGCCGGGGGUGCACAGAGCUGUGGUGCCACAGAGCACCCUCGAAACUGAUUUUCCUCUGCCGCUGUGCAGUGAGGACUAUGUGACGCAGCGGGGGCCUCGUAACGGCCCGGUGCUGCGGCAGGCGGUGCGCUGGAAGAAGGCCCCCCUGGGCUGGGACGCAGCGGGGCAGAGCUGGUGGACGGAGCCCAGCUGCCAUGGGGGGGUUCAGGACGCAGGGUGCAGCCCCAGCCCUGGCUCAGCCUGGGAGCGCUGGCAGCGUUGGCAGCAGUUACGCAGCGCUUCUGAAGUGGAUCCGCUGCCCCCCGUCUAUGACCAGCACCUGCGGGAAGUCGCCUUCUGGGACCCCACCGUCCCCGCUGCCUACCCAGGGCCCAGCACCCGCUGGGGAGCCUUCCUAUGGCAGGAGCGGCCCAUCCUGGGCAAGGAGUACGUGGCCACUCGCAGUCAGGGCAGCGCGGUGCUGGGGGGCCGCCCUGCGUACGUCCCCCUGCUGUCAUCCUGCUUCCCCCAGAGCACCAGGAGGGAUGUCUGCAGAUGGAGCCUCCUGCAGCACCAGCCCUCGACUGCCGCUAACACACGGCACUGUCUGCCCGCUGCUGCCAGGGCGACACAGGGAGGCCUCGGGGUGGGGGGUCGCGCUGUCCCUCAGCAGCACAGGUAGCACCAUGGCAGCUCUUUAUUAAUAAAAUAGCUCAGUCUCCCCGUGCCCACCGGG